GCUCGCACGGGGGGAUCUUUUUAGCUCUCUAGGGUGGUUUCAAUGUGGCUUCUCUCCCUUUUAGACUUCUCUUUCCACUUAAAAAAAGAUUGGUUUUUGUCUUCGUUUUCUUUUUGUCCUGUUGUUUUUCUGGGCUUCUGAGAAAAUCUGGAAUAAGUAUGCUCUGCUUUGCUGUUUCUGUUGUGGAGACAUGAAUGUUGACAGGCAAUUGUUUUGGGAGUUUUGGCAGGAUUUAUUUGGAUAAUGGAGUUUGAAGUGGAGAAGGGUUUAAGGAGAAAUCGGCAAUUUAGUGGAAAUUCAAUUUCAGGGAAGAAAAUCAGAGCUUCCAGGCAAGAUUUCAGGAGCAGUUUUGUUUGAGACCAGUUGGGUAGCAGAGGCGGCAGAAAAAUAGUAAAUUUUGAUUUUUGACGAGGGUGAUGGACUUCAUCAGCGGGGUUUCGAUUCCAGGAGGUAAAGAGCAGCAGAUACAGGGCUCCUGGAUUCCGGUUACCCCUGCAAGACCCGUUCCUACAAGACCGCAGCCGGUUCCCGUCAACAGAGAAGGGAGCCAACUAGAGACGCAGAGCGACCCUCCUGAACUCCUCCAGGGGACUCCAACUUCAAAUGAGGCAGUUAGAUUUCAUGAUUCUGUGCUGUUGGUAGAUCACAGCAUAGCACUUGACAAUUGGGAAGCUGCUUUGGCUGGGAAUAACAGAGGAUCUAUUAACAUGGCUGGCACUCACACACAGGCUUUCACAGACGCCUCUGCAUGCUGGAACAGUAGUCUUUUUGGAGACCUCUUUGCUUCCACAACCCCGUCUUCGGCAGCUGUUCCUCAGUGGGGGAACAACAAUGUGGUAGACAGCUUCUUUUUCCCCACUGAGUAUUCCAAUAUUGGACAAGGAUCAUCCAACUCUGCUCGCUUGUUGCUUGAGAACCAAGGCUUCCUGCAAAUACCACCCCACAAUGGGUUUCCUGUUUCUCAUCGUCCUACCUAUGAUCUUAACGCCUUGCCCAAAUCUGUAACCGAUAAUGUCAUGGAUGGAGCUACAUCCUUCCAGUUCGUACCAAUAACACCAGAGAAGGGAAAGAGAGUUGAGAAUCAUCAGCUUUCUGAAAUAGCCAAUAUCUCAGUAGAAGAAAGAUCAAAUGAGGGAAAAGAGAAGCACGAGCUGAGCAAACUAAAUGAGGGUAACUAUGCCGAGCUUGAGCUUGCCGGUGAAAAACUUCCAGAGCCCAUGGUUGAUGCGUCCUUUACUUCUUUGGCUGGCGAGAAUAACCACAGAACUGAGGAGAAUCAUAAUCGUGUCAAGGGAGGUGACCAUGUCAUUGUGGAAAAUCAGAAUCCAGCAAAUGGAGAUGACCACCACCUUGACCUGAACAAGACACCACAGCAGAAGCCAAAAAGGAAAAAGAUCAGGCCCAAGGUCGUUGUAGAAGGCAAACCCAAAAGGCCUCGAAAGUCAGUUACUCCCAAGCAGACAAGUGCAAAAGAAAACCCUUCUGGGAAGAGGAAGUAUGUAAGAAAGAAAGGCCUCAGAGCCUCAGACACCCCUCCAGCAGCAGUACUCGAGAAGACUAAUGAUCCAUCAGUUGAGCGUGCUGUGAGGUCUUGCAAGCGUGCUCUGGACUUCAACUUAGAUGACCAAACAAGAGUUGAAACGCCAGGAACAUCAUUCGGUCAUCAGGAAGGACUGCCGCAUAGAAGGGACAACUCAGCAUACAUGUGGGAUCUAAAUUUGAACUCAGAAUCUCAAGAGCAAGAUUUAUGCACUGGAAUUAAUAGUGGCUCUAGAACAAGAUCCACCGUGCAGCUUGGGCAAGGUAUUGAAGUCACAGUACACAACACAGCAGGAGGAAUUGCAUACGACCUUAACUGUUCCAUGAAUCAACUGAUCAAAGACUACAUUUCACUGCCUGAAAUUCCAGCCCCCACAACCCCAGUAUCUCAAAGGAAAGACCUGAAAAGGAGAAAUUUGAAGGUACUUGCAAGGAAUAGGAAUCAAAUAGGGACAACAAUUGCAUGCCAAAAUAAUGGAGAAAAUGACCAUCAACAUCUUAUGCAUCAGCAUGCCCAUGUGGACAGAACAGGUAAUUUGGCCUUAAAUACUGGAAUUGCUUCUGUGAACAAUGAAGGUGCUGCACCAAUAAUACUACAGAGUGGUCCACAAUUGAUACCAAAAAGUAGUAGUCAUCCUGAUAGUAGUGUCCAUGUACCAGUUGCUGAGACCACACAAACAAGGGGAUCAAAGAGGGGGCAUUCUCACUCUGUAGAUGGAACACAUCUCUGCUCCAUGAAUCUAACUGGUGUCCAGUACAAUUCGUUCAAAGCAUACCAAAGUAUACAUCAAGGAAAUGAACUCCAAAGCAAAAGCAGUCCUUGCAUGUACUUUCCUGAAAUUUACAAGAAAAAGAGGACUAAGAAAUCACGGAAUGCCAUAUUUAGCACUUCAGCUUCUGCGGCUUCUUUAGAAGACAGUUGCAACCAAGCAAAACAAACCUACUAUGGAAGACUGGGCACCCGACUUUCUGGUAUUGAUGGCACAUGGAGGCCGAAGAAUGGGGUUAAUAAAUCCAUACAAGAUGUCUAUGUAACUUCUACUUCUGCACAGCACCAUCACCCAAUGCAAAAUGUCUCCAAAGAAUUACUUUGGCACACAGAUGCACCACAGGGGACUGCCAUUGAUGAUCUGCAAACUUCCCAGUUUAUGUUGACUUUUGGCUUCAUAGCAAAGACUAAGAAGAAGAGAUCAAAUCGUCCUUAUCGGGUCCGUGAUUUGGCCUCCUUAGCUGCAAUUGCUCAGUGUACCCAACUGCCACAAAGCCACCCCAGAACUCCAAUAUCAGGCAACAGACAAAGAUCUGAUACUUUCCAUGCACCUCAGUCCUGCCUGGAAGCCCUCGCUUCAGAUAACUAUCCAAAGAUCAUUACCAAGAAGCGGGCUAAGAGAUCCUCUCAUAUCAAUUUAAAGUUGUUCUCCAGUACAAAUGCAUGGCAGCUCCAAAAACAGAAAGGUUCUUUCUAUGAGUCUCUGACCAAAUCAAUAGGUUGGCCUUAUAUGAUUUCAAUAGACGAACUUGUUUACAGAUUAAAGCAUCUGACCAUCAGCACCAAUAGAAAUGCAGGGAAAGAGCAAAAUGCACUAAUUCCUUACAUUGGAGAUGGCAGAAUAGUUUCCUUUGAAGGACCAAGGCGGAAACUGCGGCCCAAAGUUGACCUUGACCCAGAAACAAAUAGAGUAUGGAAUCUUCUGAUGGGGAAGGAAGGCAGUGAAGGCAUUGAUGAAAUGGAUGAGGAUAAGAAAAAGUGGUGGGACAAAGAAAGGACAAUAUUCCACGGAAGGGCAGCCUCCUUCAUUCAGCGCAUGCAUACUCUUCAAGGGGAUAGACGCUUCUCACAGUGGAAGGGAUCAGUUGUGGACUCUGUGAUUGGUGUCUUUCUUACUCAGAAUGUAUCUGACCAUCUGUCUAGCUCUGCCUUCAUGGCCCUGGCUGCACGAUUUCCACUUCGGGCAACAAAUAACCACGAAGCAUAUCAAGAAGAUGGAAUGGACAUAUUAAUUGAAGAGCCAGAUGUGUGCAUACCAGACUUAGAUGACACAAUCAAAUGGAAUGAAAAGAUGUCAAACCGACCAGUCUGUGAUCAAGAGUCCAUGAUACUUCAUGAUGCAGAGCACAUGGAAGAAAGGGAAAUGGCAAACAGCAAUGAAUCAUUUGAAAGCAAUGUGUUAAAUAGCAGCCCCACUGACAACUCAAAUAGCAGACUGACUGUUGUUCAGGACAGUUUACUAGAAAUGUUCCACGAAUCACCAGAGAACAGAACAGAUAGCAUAACCACAAGGACAGAAUUUCAGGAUUUUGCAGAAGUGGAAGAUAGAAGAGAGAAGGAGGAUGUUGUUUCAUCUCAAAACUCUGUAGACUCUUCCAUUUUUCAGAUCACUGAGAGGAUCAAAUCAUUCCCAGAGUCCAACUCAGAAGAAGAAGAUCUGGCAACAGGACACAAAUCUAAGAGUUUUAACGCUAGAACUUCGUUCACAGAGCUUCUACAGAUGUCAGAAACCACCAAAUUUUUGGAAUUUUAUAACUAUGAAAGUGAUAACAUAUUAGAUAGUUUGGAAGACUCAUUGGAAUCGAUUUUCCCAUCCAAUUACCUUGACCCCCAUGCACAAGUACCCAUCAUUCCUUCUAGUAAAGACAAUUUGCACAUGAUACCAGAGUUGGGUGUUCUAGAAGUUGAUAGUCUUGAGGUGUUAGGAGAAGAAAUCAGAUCUUCCUUGCCUUCAACUUUAUCAGAAAUUUCUGAGUCAAAAGAAGACUGCAUGGUGAAGGGACCUGGACCAGUUCCAGAUACUGUAAGUGAAAUGAUCAUUAAACAAAAUGAAACAUCAAGUGGUGAGACAGCACAAAGAGCUGAUUCAAGUGCUUCUUCAAGCAAUCACACUGACACAGUGAACCAAUUAUGUAGCUCACCAUCAGAAGCCUGCAGCAAAAAAGAUCCACAUUCUAGCAGACAUCAACAAGAAGAGAGGAUAGAGAAUUCUCAUCCAAAAGGCGUUCCAAUUGCAGAAACUAAAAAACUUGAUGUACUUACUGAAAGGCAGAAUAGUUCUGGAGAUGCUUUAGACGUUAUGGAAAGCACAUGUUUAAUAGGUAAACAAAAACCCAUAGACAUGGAGGUGGUAAAAUCUAAUUUUCUAGAGCAAAUGCCUGCUGGGAUAACUAAGGAUACCAUGAAACAGAAGAGAGGAAAAGUUGAGGCAGAAAAAAGUAAUGAAUUUGACUGGGAUAAUCUAAGAAGGGAGGCUUAUGCCAAAAGUGGAAAAAGAGAAAGAAGUAGUGAUAUGAUGGACUCGCUGGACUGGGAAGCAGUGAGAUGUGCAGAUGUUAAAGAGAUUGCUGAUACCAUCAAAGAACGAGGAAUGAACAAUAGGCUUGCAGAGAGAAUCAAAGAUUUCCUCAAUCGACUGGUUAGAGAACAUGAAGGCAUUGAUCUUGAGUGGUUAAGGGAUAUUCCCCCUGAUAAAGCCAAGGAGUACCUCUUGAGCGUUCGAGGAUUGGGGUUGAAAAGUGUGGAGUGUGUACGCCUUUUGACACUUCAUCAUCUUGCUUUUCCGGUUGACACAAAUGUUGGCCGGAUAGCUGUACGACUUGGAUGGGUUCCACUCCAACCACUGCCUGACUCGCUUCAGUUGCAUCUUCUAGAGCUGUACCCAGUGCUAGAGACAAUUCAGAAGUAUCUUUGGCCACGGUUGUGCAAACUUGAUCAGCGGACCUUGUAUGAGUUACACUAUCAAAUGAUUACAUUCGGAAAGGUUUUCUGUACAAAAAGCAAGCCAAAUUGCAAUGCGUGCCCAAUGAGAACAGAAUGCAAACACUUUGCAAGUGCAUUUGCAAGUGCACGGCUUGCCCUGCCAAUGCCAGAAGAGAAGGGUCUGGUAAGUUCAACUGCGCCCAUUGUAGCUGAUCAAACUCCACAUGUGCGUACCCAUCCAGUGCUACUACCUCCACCAGUGCCAAGCCCAGUCUCAGGAGCAACCUCUGAAACCCACAAUUGUGAACCCAUCAUUGAAGUACCAGCAACACCAGAACGUGAAUGUAAAGAAAUAACAGAAAGUGAUAUUGAGGAUGCUUUUUCUGAGGAUCCUGAUGAAAUUCCAGUUAUCAAACUCAAUAUUGAAGAGUUCAAGCUCAACUUGCAGAAAUACAUAGAAGAGAACAAAAUGGAACUGCAGGAAGGUGAUAUGUCAAAGGCUUUAGUUGCCUUGACUCCAGAAGCUGCUUCUAUUCCUGUAACCAAGCUGAAGAACAUAAACAGGCUUCGAACAGAGCACCAAGUUUAUGAACUUCCAGAUUCGCAUCAGCUUCUAUUAGGGGUGGACAGAAGAGAACAUGAUGAUCCAUGUCCAUACCUUCUUGCCAUAUGGACACCAGGUGAAACUGCAGAAUCCAUUGAGCCACCAAAGGACAACUGUAGCUCCCAAGGAUUAGGAAACUUUUGUAAUGAGAAAACAUGCUUUCGUUGCAAUAGCAAACGAGAAGAAAAUUCCCAAACUGUCCGAGGGACACUAUUGAUACCCUGCAGAACAGCAAUGAGAGGGAGUUUUCCACUGAAUGGCACAUACUUUCAAGUUAAUGAGGUGUUUGCCGACCAUGAUUCUAGUCUUAACCCGAUUGAUGUUCCUCGGGCAUGGUUAUGGAAUCUGCGUAGACGGAUAGUUUAUUUUGGGACAUCUAUACCAACAAUAUUUAGAGGUCUAUCACAAGAGGAAAUUCAGAACUGCUUCUGGAGAGGAUUUGUCUGUGUAAGAGGAUUUGACCAGAGAACACGGGUGCCACGCCCACUCCAAUUGAGAUUUCACUCUCCAGCAAGUAAGUUGCCCAAGACAAAAGCACAAACAGCAGGCCAAGAAAAAACACAACCAAAUGAAAGGUAAUGCCAUGAUGCAAAAACAAGGCAAACAGGAACCCAACCAGGAUCUCUGUUUUAAGAAGAGAUUGUUAGCUAACAUACAACUGUACAUCAAAUGGCAUCUCCCCUAACAUGAGAAAUGUUUAUCAACUGCUACUAAUUUCAGUUUGCUGGACGGGAUUAAAUAGGAAUCAAUAUGUAAAACCCCAUGGCAAGGAUUAGUCUAUACAUGAUUACCUUCUAUAAUUAUUUCAUUUCAUGCUCAGAAUCGAGCCAUUCUUCCA